GACGUCACUUCCUUACCGGUAGUUUUGCGGGAAUUUCGUUCCUGACGCAGUUAAGACCCCAGUUGCUGAUAAACAACACAGUAAAGAUGCCCCCUAAAGCCAAGGCAGCAGGCAAGGGCAGAGCACCAGCUAAAAGAAAUCUGGCAGAGGAGUUCCCACCUGGAGAAGUCCUCACUGACACCAGGAAGAAGGCCUGGAAACUGGGGAUUCCAAUCGGCCAGGGAGGGUUUGGUCUCAUUUAUUUAGCUAAUGAAGAUUCUACAAAAUCCGUCGGUGCCGAUGCUCGCUAUGUCAUCAAAGUGGAGCCCAGUGAAAAUGGACCACUGUUCUCUGAGCUUAAGUUUUACAUGCGAGCUGCAAAGCCUGAUCUAAUUCAAACCUGGAUCAAGUCUCACAAGCUGAAACACCUGGGAGUUCCCAGGUACUGGGGCUCAGGUCUGCAUGAGAAAGGAGGGAAAAGGUACAGGUUCAUGGUUAUUGACAGGCUUGGCACAGAUCUACAGAAGAAGUUUGAAGAAUGUGGAAAGAGGUUCUCCAGAAAAUUGGUUCUGCAGCUCGGCCUUCGUCUGCUGGAUAUUCUGGAGUUCACCCAUGACCAUGAGUAUGUGCAUGCAGACAUUAAAGCAUCCAACCUCAUGUUGAGCCACAGUGAUCCCAACCAGGUUUACUUAGUAGAUUAUGGACUGGCAUACAGGUACUCACCCGACGGUGUCAACAAAGAGUACAAGGAAGACCCCAAGAGAUGUCACGAUGGUACCAUCGAGUUCACAAGCAUUGACGCCCAUAAAGGAGCAUCUCCUUCUAGACGGAGUGACCUGGAGAUCCUGUGGUACUGUAUGGUCCAGUGGUUGUGUGGCAAGCUGCCAUGGGAGGACAAGCUGCAGGACCCCCUCUAUGUCAGAGACUCCAAAAUCAAGUGUCAAGAAAACAUCUCCCAGUUUAUGAUCAAGUGCUUCUCUACACUAGACAAGCCAGAUGAAAUCCAGAAAUUCAUGGAGGAGGUUAAGUCUCUGGGAUACCAAGACAGGCCGCCCUAUGAGAAGCUGCGCUCCAUCCUGCAGACCGGACUAAAGGCCAUUCACACUAAAGACGAUGGCAAGCUCGAGUUCACCUCAGUCAAUGGAACGGUGGCACCGCCUGCUAAGAGGGUGACCAAGAGAAAAAAAGCAGAUGAAGAGACUGAGACUGAGGAAAGUUCCCCAAAGAAAAAGAGAGCUACAAAGACAAAAGAUACGAAUGGUGUGAAAAGUCCCAAAAAGGCUCCCAAACCAAGAAAGGCAGCCAAAACUGAAAAACAGGGUGACCCCAAAUCCAGACUGGUGGAGACGGGAACCCAGACGUCACCUGGACUCGCCCUGAAAUCAAGAGGCAGACCCAAGAAAAGAACCGACUAAACAUCCACCGCUGUGCACUCCGUCUGUCCUCUGUAAAAUCAUUUAAAAAACAUUUUAGGGUAUGUUUUUUUUUUUUUACCUAAUCCACACUGAUGAAGAUGUUUGUAUUUUGGGUGAUUGAAGUUAGAAUCAUUGAAAUAAAGAACGAAUAAAAUCA